AUGCCCUCUCACGUCCCAACUCACAACCUGUCCAUUGCUGAAGCUAUUUUACAAGUCGCCCACAAAGCCAGAUCAAAUACGCCAAAAGUGCGCUUCUCAAUGCCUCCUCUUCCUCUAGACAAAUCCAAGAAGCGUCGCCAGCACUCGACGUCAAACUCUUCCUCAACAAGCAUUUACAAAGCCAGAAAUGCGCCUAUUACUCCAACUCCAACACCUGCAAAGUUACUGGUAGCGCAACUAUCUUCCCCAACACUCAACACACGCGCAGAAUUCGACCUAGCUUACAAAAUCAUCAAAUCCACCACUUCGUACGCCUCCAAACAACUCGCCAUGACCCUUUGCCGUGGGGACAUCGCAGAGAUUUCUUCGCGUCUGGCCGAAAACAGCACUCAAUUGGAUCGUGUACUUGAAACAGCACAAGAACAAGUCGAAAAACUCAAGGUGAUGGAACAAACUUGGCGCCCCGAUCUACCUUCUUCUGCCAAAGAGUUUGCCCCAGACAAGGUGGUUGGUAAGAACAAGGAUAUGAAGGAGGCAAUGAAGGUUUUUGAUGAGAUGAGGUGGGAGUAUGAGAGAUUUAUUACCUAUUUGGACUGGAUUGAGGAACUCAAGGUCGAGAGAGAGAAGCUACUCGAGGAUCGAAAUCUUACAUCUGUCAUUAAUCACAAGGAAUACUUUGUUAAUGCAGUGCCCUCCACUUUUAUAUAA